AUGGGCAAUCUCCUAAUUCUCUUAGCUAUUUUCAGAAAGCGCAAACAGAAGACAAUAAUCAACUACCUCAUUGGAAAUCUGGCCUUUUCCGAUAUUCUCGUCGUACUCUUUUGUUCUCCCUUUACAUUGACAUGUGUCUUACUCGACCAAUGGAUCUUCGGAGAAGUUAUGUGUCAUGUUGUGCCUUUUCUCCAAUGUGUUUCUGUUCUCAUUUCCACCCUAAUGCUUAUGUCUAUUGCCCUGGUGAGAUACCACAUGAUUAAACAUCCACUAUCCACCAAUUUAACUGCCAACCAUGGGUACUUUUUGAUUGCCACUGUCUGGACUCUAGGCUUCACCAUAUGUUCUCCUUUGCCAGUUUUUCAUAAAAUCAUAAAUUUGAGGGAAGCAUUUAACUUAGAGCCCUUGAUGAAUAGUUACCUGUGCAUUGAGUCAUGGCCCUCUGAUUCAUACCGAAUUGCUUUCACCAUAUCGUUAUUGCUGGUGCAGUACAUAUUGCCACUGUCCUGUUUGACGAUAAGUCAUACAAGUGUUUGCAGAAGCAUAAGUUCAAGCAACAUGAAUUCUGUCUCAAAAUCCAUAACCAGAAUAAAAAAAAGAUCUAGGCGUGUUUUCUGCAGGCUGACAGUAUUGAUCUUGGCUUUUGCUGUCAGUUGGAUGCCACUUCACCUUUUUCACCUUGUAACUGAUUUUAAUGCCAACCUAAUUUCCAAUCGACAUUUCAAAUUAGUUUACUGCAUCUGUCACUUGCUUGGUAUGGUGUCCUGUUGUCUAAAUCCCAUACUCUAUGGAUUUUUUAAAUGA